UUGCGGUUUGCUGUCGUUGUGUUCGGUGUGAAUUGUAUGAAUGGUGUCGGGAAAGUGGUUUCCGCAUCGUAGGUUGAAGAAAGAAGUGAAUUUUUUGCUUGGAUCCGGAACUGUGUUGACUAACACUCCAUGGACCGCUGUGCCGAGGAAUAAGUUACAAAAUGAUGUGUAAGAAAUCGCGAUCGCCGAGUGUAAAGAUUUUGAAGACAUUUGGCCACGGGCGGAAGUAAAGUGGUAAAACUGUUGAUCGUGGUGUUUACGUGAAACUCCCGAAAGUAACCAAAGGACAAAUCAGCCAAGAGCGAGGAUAAAUAUUAUACUCUGCUUCCCUGAGUGAGGUGCUGCCCUGAUUGAGGAACUGGUGGUAUUUUGGAUUAAGAGUCCUUAGAAAAGACAGAUUUCUUUUUUUCGGGAACAAUGACGGCAGAUGAGUUUCCACAUUCUGCUGCAAUUUUCGCUGCAGUAUGCGCCUGCAUCUUUACAGUCGUCGGCGGCUUAGGAAACAUAAUAACAAUAGGAGCACUUUUGAAAUGUCCGAAAAUGCGAGGUCACGCCACGACUGCAUUUGUGCUUUCGCUCUGUAUCUCAGAUCUCUUAUUUUGUACGUUCAGUUUACCAUUAACUGCGAUACGGUACUUCAGAAAGGCCUGGACGCUAGGAGAUACCUUAUGCAAAAUAUUUCCAGUCAUCUUUUAUGGGAAUGUGGCGGUGUCGUUGCUUAGUAUGGUCGGAAUUACGUUGAACCGGUACAUACUGAUCGCUUGGCAUGGGCUUUAUUCGAAAAUAUACAAACCGUUGUAUAUUAUAUUUCAAAUCAUUUGUUUUUGGCUAAUCGCCUUUUUUAUGAUGCUGCCUCCAUUAAUUGGCAUUUGGGGCGAGAUGGGCUUAGACGAGCAAACAUUCUCCUGUACAAUUCUCUCAAAAGAUGGAAAGUCAAUGAAAAAAUUCUUGUUUCUUAUCGGAUUUUUAGUUCCCUGUCUGGUUAUCAUCAUUUCGUACAGCUGCAUUUAUAUAACUGUGAAACGACAGAAGACAAAACUUGAAGCCCAUAGGUGUCUGAAAACAAAAGAAAGUGCAUUAAUAGCGAGACGGCAUCGAGAAGACAACAGGCUCACCAUUAUGAUGUUGACAAUUUUCAUUUGCUUUAUACUUUGUUUUUUGCCCCUAAUGUUGGUUAACGUCAUAGACGAGCACAACACCUUAUCCCCUUGGCUUCAUACUUUCGCCUCGAUAAUGGCUUGGGCAUCCAGUGUCAUAAAUCCCUUCAUAUAUGCUGCAAGCAAUCGAAAUUACAGGAUAGCAUACUAUAAAAUAUUUACCCUCAUAAAGUGUUGGGGAGAUCCGGCAACGCCAAUGCCAAGCAAAAGCUACCAAGGCAGUAAAAACUCAAAAGAUCCUUCAGGUGGGAUGCGAAGUACCCCAUUAUUCGACUCAAAUGAUAUUCAAAAAAUCCAGAAAAACAAUGCUAUAGGUUACUCAGCAUAAGAUUUAGACGAUUUAGUCAAGUAGCGUAGUUUAAUAUUAAGCAGAACAACAACGGUGUUACUUAAGACAGUCCGGGAGGAAAGUUGCUUUUCGAAUACUAGAACUGAUUUAGUGUCAUAAGUUCAUGUUGUAGCAUUAGUUCCUUAAAUAAUACUGUCAGAUAAAAAUUAAAAGACAUACAUUUACUUCUAUAAAAUAAGUGCCAAAGCAAAGGACCAAAAUGAUUAGCAUAAGUUUAUAGUGAUAAUUAUUGCCAAUAAAUCUGUAAAUAAUUUUCAUAUACACUGUCUUUUACAAGCAAAUAAAUUAUUGUCAUUUUCCAACUUAA